AUGUCUGCUUCAUCGGUGCGUGAAGGUGGUCCCGUGCUGAAAGGGCCGUUCGACUUCGAGGAUAGUCCUUUGAGCAGGGCCGCCCGUCAGCCGUUGCUCCUCGGCCUUUUCCUCAAUCUGCAAGACAUCAACUUUUCCACACAGCCCACCACGAACAGCUGGACGUUUGACUACAACGUCGAACUCGUUCGCAGGGCCGAGGAGCUAGGUUUCGAAUUGGCCUUCAGUCGUACGCAGUGGCUGCCCAAGGGCGGCUACGACGGCGAGGCUUCCCUGGACGCCUUCGUCGCGCUGGGCGCCAUGGCGGCCGUCACCAAGUCCAUCCUCCUUAUCUCGACGAUGCAUGUCCUCUACGGGCCGCUCCACCCGCUUCACAUCGCCAAGUACGGCGCUACCUUGGACCACAUCGCCAAGGGCCGAUGGGGCAUCAAUGUCGUCACCGGUCACAGGGCGGUAGAGCACGAGAUGUUUGGUCGGCAGCGCAUCGAACACGAUAAGCGGUACCAGAUGGCCGGAGAGCUGUUCGACGUCGUCAACAGUCUCUGGGGCGAGACCGAGAACAUCUCCUACAAGGGGAAAGUAUCGCCGUGGCAGCUCGAGAACGCCUGGAUCACUCCCAAACCGCAGUUUGGCAGACCCAUCCUCGUAAAUGCUACGGGUUCGCCUGCUGGCAUCGACUUCGCCGCACAGUAUUCCGACUUGAUCUUCAUCACCUCGCCGGGAACUGCGCACAUUGACAGCGCAUUGGAGACUCUCCCGGAUCACAUCGCCUCUAUCAGGGCGGCUGUCAGGGCCAAGGGCCGAACAGUCAAGGUUAUCAUCAACCCCAUUAUCGUCUCAAAGGACACGUCCGAGGAAGCCUGGUCCUAUGCUGAGAGCAUUGCCGAGGGGACCAGAAUCCAGGCGGGGACCAAGAAGUUCGGCACGGCAAACGGGGCGUAUGACAGCGAUGCGCACGCAUGGAGAGGGCGCAAGGACGCCAAGGAGAAGAAGGGCCUUAACCUCGGCGGCAACAUCGAGAUCAUUGGGUCGCCGGAAGAGGUGGUUCAGCAGUUGGACGCCUUGCACAAGAUCGGCAUCGAUGGUGUUCAGAUCAACUUCUACGACUUUGCCCCAGACUUGGAAUAUUUCGGCCAGAAGAUACUGCCGUUGCUGAAAGAAUCUGGCCUGCGAGUGGAAUAA